UUCUCUUCUGUCGUCCUGAGUCCCCACUGUCAGGCCCCCUGUAUGAGUGACACUUCGGUCUGCCAUGGAACCUGGCCCUGCUCUGGCCUGGCUCCUGCUCCUGAGCCUGCUGGCCGAUUGUCUGAAAGCCACUCAGUCCCGAGACUUCACAGUGAAAGAUAUUAUCUACCUCCAUCCUUCAACCACACCAUAUCCUGGUGGAUUUAAGUGUUUCACAUGUGAAAAAGCAGCAGACAAUUAUGAAUGUAACCGAUGGGCUCCGGACAUCUACUGCCCUCGAGAGACCAGAUACUGCUACACUCAGCACACAAUGGAAGUCACAGGAAAUAGCAUCUCUGUCACCAAACGCUGCGUCCCACUGGAAGAGUGUUUAUCCACUGGCUGCAGAGACUCCGAGCAUGAAGGACACAAGGUCUGCACUUCCUGUUGUGAAGGAAAUAUCUGUAACCUGCCACUCCCCCGAAAUGAAACUGAUGCCACGUUUGCCACAACGUCACCUAUAAAUCAGACAAAUGGGCAUCCACACUGCAUGUCAGUGAUCGUGUCUUGCUUGUGGGUUUGGCUGGGACUCACAUUAUAGCAGCUCCACAGCGCCGUGUAUAGUAGCAAUCCACAGGGAGAUGGUCUGUAGUCAUGCAUGAGUCAUUGGCUUGACAGUAGUACCACGUGUGACACCAAGCACGUGCAGAUGCCGUCAUGGCCAAGCAUUACCACUCACCAUGAGGAACCAGCAUUGCUUCAUUGUAGUCAUUUCAAGUCUAACCAAGACCCCAUCAAAGCCAGCCUGCCCCUCGUACAGACCCUGAGUUCUAUACCACAGUCCUUUGUUUCACUCCAGGAAAUAGUUCUGCAUGUAUUGAGAGCUGGGGUUCUUAAUUUGGAGUACAUGCAUGAGCUGCAGGAGGUCCUGGGACCCUCUGAGAUGUUAGGGAUAUGUUAUAUGAACAUGCAUAGAUGUGUGUUUUCAGGAGAAAGAUAAAGAGCCACUGGUUAAAAUACAAUCAUGAAUUUAUUUAUAGCUUUAGAAUUUUAAAACUUUUGUUUCCAAAAUAAAUGUACUGUUUCCUUGGAGAUUCUGACCAAGUCCCUGGAAGAGUAGUAAGUGAUUUGUCCUAUCAUUUUCCCUCUGAUCUAUGUUGAAGAUGGAGAGGCGGUCAUAAAAUUUAGGUGUAUUUGUGGGGGUAGCUGGGGAAGGAUUCUUCCACAGCUUAAUGGAGCUAACAUCUAUAAAGUGGCUAGGUUUAUUCCUUUGUAUAAUUGGUAAAGUGGGCCUUGACCUGGCACCUAAUUAUGUUCCAUGAGAUCCUGUAUUCCACCUGAGCCAGUGGUGUCCAAAGAGUCCGAAAGCAGGAUGUGGUUAUUUUCUCCAGAUGUGAAGUUCUCUUCAGACUUAGCUCAUCUAGACAGGAGAGGAUUCUGAAUGAAAGGAAGAUGUGUUAGUCCUAGCUCAUUUUGAAGAGCCCUUCCCUUCCAAAUUCCCAGCAACUUUAGGGAGAAGGUUCUGUGUUAAAUUGUCUCUAGAUUGCGAGGGAAAGAAAACAUAAUACGCUAGGAUGAGAAGAAGGUGGACCCAUGAGGUGAUGGGGAGAACAGGAAGGAGACCCGGUGGGAAGUUUUUAUUUUAGAUAUUGUUUUUGAAGUAGAUGAUAAAAUUUUCACCAGCCUUCCUAUAUUUUUAGCACCCCAAGUUACAGUUUUUUCUUCUUCCUUGUAAAGCAUUUAAACAAUAUUUAUUUUUAUAUGGUAUAACUAGAAACUAAAAUAUAUUCUAAAAAAUUCUUUAUUCUGAACAAAAUGAUCAAAUUAGAAUACUUAUUUUUCAACAGUGGCAGAGCUUGUAAUAUAUGUUUGUUGAAAGUUAUCUAUAGUACUUGAACCAGUGUUGAAAAAAGUCAACCUGUUGUGAGCAAGAACAAUGUAUCUCCUCAAAGCUUUUGCUCAUGAUUUCCUCAGUUGUGCUGUCCCAGAGGUAUUCAGGUGGUGACUAUCAGUGGUGUGAGUUUCUGUGCAGGGUUUUAGGGUGUGUUUGUGUGAAACUUGGUAAAGCCAUGACUGAUAAAGAGGAUGGUGUUGUCAGAUUCCAUCUCCCCUGUAUAGGAAAAUGUUUCUGGCUCAUAAAAUGAGACCCCCUCAGGGACCAAAUAUGAAUUGACUUCAGUAACUCUGACACAGAAUAAUCUAAAUUUCAUCAAAUGGCCUAAAUUCAGAGUUUGAUGGGCUUAUCAAUAUGUUGCUGAUAAUGGGGGUGUAGAGAGAGGGAGAGAAAGCAGGACAUUUAUUCAGCACCUCCUGUGUGCCCGGCACUAUGCUAAGCACUUUACAUGUUAGGACAUAUCACCCCUGCAAGAACCCUAUAAAAAUAUUACUGUAUUUACACUUUAUGAAUGAAGGUACUGAGGCUCAAAGAAGCUCAAUAACAUGAAGCCUUUUCCUUCGGAUUUAGGUUAUAAAUUGAAGUGGAAGGGAAGGUGGAAUUACUCCCCUAGGAAGAAUUCCAGGCCUGACUUCAUGGGAAUUUGUCCAUCUUAUCACAGGGAGUUCAUCUCAUCCUGCAUCUGCAGGGUGCCAUUUGCAUGUGUCCCCAGAUUUUUUUUCUUUGGGGCAUGGGGGUAUGUUUUCCUCAUUCAUCCCUCUUGCUGAAAGAGGAGACAGUUGAUCUUGCAUCUAAAGAUGCUGAAGGACAAUGAAAAUUUGAUGUUGUACAUGAUGACAAGUACCAUUUCUGUGCAUGGUCACACUCCACUGACAUCUUCCAAGUACUGCAUGUGAUUUGAAUAAGAGACAAAGUCCAAAUGUUGGCUGUUAAUGAGAAAGUGAGCACACCAAAGCCUUCCUGGCUAGGGUACAAGGAUGCACAAAGGUGGAGAUUCAUCCACACCCCCGGGAGCUAUUGCACUCUACACAGAUGCUGUUGCAUGCAUCUGGUGUGUGUGUCAGCAUGGCUGUGUUUAACUCUCUUGAAAGAAAAUGAUUUGUUUGCCAUUCCCAGCCUCGGGGAGCUGAGGAAGGGCCAUUCGUGUGGAAGGUCCAGGACUGGUCAGCCAUGUGACUUUUCUAUCACAUUAAACUUUCCACUAAAUCUCACCAUUGGUGAUGGCUUGUAGUAUAAAGAGCCACGAUGUGUAUAUUAACCUAUGUGCCACAUAUUUAUUUUUAGACUUCCCACAGUGUUCAUGUCAAUAUAGGAUUAAUGCCUAACCUUUGUAAAUAUUGUACAUUUUGUAAAUCAAUGAAUAAAGGUUUUAAGUGUACCUUA